GAUUUGACAGCAGUCUUGAUGACGCCAUGGAUAACACAUACACAGACCAAAACAACACGCCGGAGCGCUAUAAAACACCGACAGACACAUGCAAAGACACAUAGAGGCACAGCGGAGACGCUUUCUACCUGAGAGACACUUUCUACCUGAGGCUUACCUGAAUCAUGGGCGUCAUCAUCUCACACAUUUUCUCCAGAUUCUUCUCCAAGCAUCCCGUCAGGAUUUUAAUGGUGGGUCUGGAUGCUGCAGGUAAAACCACCCUGCUGUACAAACUGAAGCUGGGCGAGGUCGUGACCACGAUCCCAACUAUUGGGUUUAAUGUGGAGACUGUGGAGUAUAAGAACAUCAGCUUCACAGUUUGGGAUGUUGGUGGUCAGACGAUCAUCAGGCCGCUGUGGAGACAUUACUACGUUAACACACAGGGUUUGAUAUUUGUGGUCGACAGCAACGACCCGGAGAGGAUCAAAGAGGCAUCUGAGGAGCUGCACGCACUGUUGCAGGAGGAUGAGCUGAAGGGCGUGGCCGUGCUGGUCUUUGCUAACAAGCAGGAUUUACCCAGAGCCAUGUCGGUCAGUGACAUCAUCGAGGCCCUGCGUUUAAAUGGAGUGUCACAGCCGUGGUCGGUCCAGCCGUCCUGCGCCGUCAGCGGCACCGGUCUGGUUGAAGGUCUGGACUGGCUCUCUAAUGAGAUCCUGAAACAGUAGCAGAUGUUGGGGCGACGAGGAGUUCUGCUUUACUUUCUAUGAGCGAGCAGUGAAUCCAGAAGGAGCGUGUAGGAUCCUUUGCAACUGUUAAAUCUGCCUCAUCACAAAGACAUUUGACGGGAAAUGUAGCACUUCAUGCAGCCGUUAUGUGAACCCAGCUGUGCACUUGUAAAUAUGGACGAAUGAGAUUUGAGACACGAUUGUGGUUAAAUCCUCAGCAGGAGAGACCAAAGAUGGAGGGAUGUUUUUGCAUAGAUUCUGUAGGACAAGCAGUCUUUUUGCAGCCACAGGUAUCGCCCCCUGGUGGCCAUUACAAUGCACUUACAAACUGUGAGGACUUCACUGUUCAGACCCAAAAACUAUAUUCGUCUUUCAUAUUGCCCGUGUUCCUACAGGAGACAUUUAGUGUUUUGAGUCAGCAGAAAUGUCUCCAUUUUUUUUAAUGGGUUGGCAUGAGGAGGACAAAAGACAUUCAGAAUACUAAUAGGAAAUUUUAGAAAAGACUACCAAACCAAACCAUGUAAAAAGUGGUUAAAUUCAGUCAGUUAUAAUGACUUUAACUGUGAACAGACCUCAUUUGUGAUUUGUUCCCCAUUUACAAGCUGUGGCCUUAAUGUAGACACGAGUUGCCUUUAGUUUAACUGACGUAGGAUUUUCCAUCUCUGAGUGUUUUCUUUAAAAAAUUUAAAGGCACAAGGAGGUGAAAUUAUUCAGAACUUUAAAAAUGUAAAAUUUUAAAAGCUAAAGAAAAUUCAAAAUUGUGCACUUUGCACUCCCUCUUGGCUUCCUUAUAACCUUCAUUUUCGUAAAAUCAAAAUUUAACUCCACUUUUUCCCUUCAUCAUUUUUAUGAACUGAUUUCAUUUAUUUCACAAAUGAACUGUUGGAGUCGUUCGUCAUUGUAGCAGAAACACAUGAUUUAGUGGUUAUUUAUGAAACAUGACUGAUGUUGAAACUUGGUGUAUGAAGUAAAAUUAAAGAAGACGUAAUGUGCUGCUGGUUUUGUUGGGUGAAUGUUUCUGUUAAGGUGUUUCUGUAGCAUUGUGGCUAUUGUUAUUUUUCACAUGUAUUACAUAUAUCUUUCUUACCUUGUUUAUCUUUUCAGAGUCCCUUUGAUUGUAUUU